AGAUUGGGAAUGUAGCUCAGUGCAAAGGCCCUGGGUUUAGUCCCAAGGGUGGGGAACGAAAGAGAGAGAGGACUCUGGGCUUUUUGGCUUGAGCGACUGAAAGGUAAAGUUAUUAUCAAGUGAGAUGGAGAAUCUGAGGUAUGGGCUGGGAUAGAAAUUUGACAGCUCUCAGCACGUCCGUGAUAGACGGAGCCGUGGGAGGAUGGGAGUCUGGACAGCGUCAGAGACAGUCGGUGCAGCUGGAGCUGAGGAGGAGCCACCAGCAGGACAGCCCGGAAGGGGUUUCCUAAAAGAAUAGCAAGCGAUUGCGUUGCAUGCUGCUUGAUGGGUCAAGAGCCGUGAAGAUGAAGCCCUGCUUAGCAGCGUGAAGUUUCCGAGGUCCCCGCUGGCGGAAGUGAAGGGGAACGUCCAGCCGAAGGUGCCCCCGCCCCCGGCGCCCUCCCGACUGCCCCUCUCGGGAAGCAGGCUCAAGCGGGGUCCUGAGCCCAUGGAGAGCGCCUCAGAGCCUGCCAAGAAACGGACACGAGGCCUGGGCACAGCGCCCCAAACUGACACUUCACGCCCAAGAGCGCCUCGCCUCAGCACAGCGCCACAGCGCCACAGUCAGGCUGCAGAAGCCCAAACGAAACACUCCUCCCUGUUCCGGCUCAGCAGUCCAUGCAUCCACUUUUCCUCUCCCCGUGCUGCAGCUCAGAGAUUUCCCAGGAAGACAGGACCCUUCCCCCCAGCCCCAGCACCGAAGAACCAGAAGCCGGUCCCCACUGUUCCUGCCCAGAAGCCUGCCGCAUCCGCUGCUCCUGCAGCAGGAGGCAAGAAACCCGGCAAACGUCCUGCCUGGGACCUAAAGGGCCAGUUAUGCGACGUCAGGGCAGAGCUGCAGUGCUGCCGAGAGAAGACACAAACGCUGGACCGGGAGAAUCAGCAGCUUCGGGACCAGCUCCAAGAGGCCCAGCAGCAGGCCCAGGCCCUGGGGGCAGAGCGCUGCAGCCUGGAGGGGGAGCUGGCCCGGGUUCAGGCCCAGGCUGAGCAGGGCCAGCGGGAGCUGGGGAGUCUGCGAGCCCGAGUCCUGGAGCUAGAGGAGCGGCUGGGCAUGCAGGAGGGCUUGGUGCACAUGCUGCAGAGGGAACAGCUGGAGCUGCAGGAGGAGCGGAGGACCCUGGCCACCCGGUUGGAGGAGCAGGAAAGGAGGCUGCAGGCAUCAGAAGCAGCUCUGUCGCAUAGCCAGGCAGAGGCGGAGUCUCUGCGGCAGGAGACUGUGGCCCAGGCAGCCUUACUGGCCGAGCGAGGAGACCGGCUCCACGGGCUGGAGAUGGAGCGCCGGCGGCUGCACAACCAACUACAGGAACUCAAGGGCAACAUCCGGGUAUUCUGCCGGGUCCGCCCUGUUCUCGCAGGGGAGCCCACCCCACCCCCUGGCUUCCUCUUGUUUCCCCCAGGCCCUGGAGGGCCCUCCGAUCUCCCCACCCGCCUUAGCCUCUCGCGGUCUGAUGAUCGGCGCGCGACCCUGACUGGGGCGCCAGCCCCGCCUACCCGUCAUGACUUCUCCUUUGACCGCGUGUUCCCACCGAAAAGUGGGCAGGACGAAGUGUUUGAAGAGAUCGCCAUGCUUGUCCAGUCGGCCCUGGAUGGCUACCCAGUGUGCAUCUUUGCCUACGGCCAGACGGGAAGUGGCAAGACCUUCACAAUGGAGGGAGGGCCUGAGGGAGACCCCCAGCUGGAGGGGCUGAUCCCUCGGGCCCUGCGGCAUCUCUUCUCGGUGGCUGAGGAGAUGAGCAGCCAAGGCUGGACUUACAGCUUUGUGGCGAGCUAUGUAGAGAUCUACAACGAGACUGUCCGGGACCUGCUAGCCACUGGGUCCCGCAAGGGCCAAGGGGGCGAGUGUGAGAUCCGCCGGGCAGGACCCGAGAGCGAGGAGCUUACCGUCACCAAUGCACGCUACGUCCCUGUCUCCUGUGAGAGAGAGGUGCGGGCCUUACUUCGGCUGGCCCACCAGAACCGGGCCGUGGCCCGCACAGCCUACAAUGAGCGGUCGUCCCGCAGCCACAGCGUGUUCCAGCUGCAGAUUUCUGGGGAGCACGCUGCCCGGGGCCUGCAGUGCGGGGCUCCCCUCAACCUUGUGGACCUGGCUGGCAGUGAGCGGCUGGACCCCAGCCUGGCCCUUGGCCCGGGGGAGCGAGACCGCCUGCGGGAGACACAGGCCAUCAACAGCAGCCUGUCCACCCUGGGGCUGGUCAUCAUGGCCCUGAGCAACAAGGAGCCCCACGUUCCCUACCGGAACAGCAAGCUCACCUACCUGCUGCAGAACUCUCUGGGCGGCAGUGCUAAGAUGCUCAUGUUUGUGAACAUUUCCCCCCUAGAAGAGAACGUCUCUGAGUCCCUCAACUCUCUGCGCUUUGCCUCCAAGGUGAACCAGUGUGUUAUUGGUACUGCUCAGGCCAACAAGAGGUGAAGAUGGAUCCAGAUCUUCUAUGUGUUUUGUCUGUGUGUCUGUACUGGGAGGGGACAGAUUUCUGAGGGAGGAUUUGGUGGGUGAAGGCCGCUAUAUACUUGGCUUAUCAAAUAAAGAACGGUGCCGGGCGUGGUGGCACACACCUGUGAUCCCAGCACGUGGGAAGCUGAGGCAGGAGGAUCGCCACGAAUCUAAGGCCAGCCUGCAUUACAUAGUGAGCUCAAGACCAGCCUGGACUACGCAUGGAGACCCUGUCUCAAAAAACAAAAAUAUUAGUUGCUUCCCCCCACCCCCGCCAGUUGCUCUUUAAAUAAAGGUUUUAUUAGCAGUU